GUGUUCAUUGUGUAAAUUAAUUUUUUGUUUUCAAUAAACAUUAGGAGACGAAAUAUAGUUUACACGUUGUCAAUAAUAUAAGCCAACCGUGUCUGAAUUGCCCCAUUGUUGCGCACGCGUCGGUAUUGGAAACAGCUCCUUUAAGAAAGUCAUUUGAAGCAAAGAAAAAGUUCAAAGGAGGAAAUAGGAAGUCAGUCUCGAAUGUCAACACAACAAACAAAGCACAAAGAAGAGGAACGGACAGAAAAUUUAAGACGUUUAAGACAAUGGCGGGUAUUAAAGCGCUGGUUGGGUUGUCCUUCAGUGGAGCCAUUGGCUUGACAUUACUCCUGUUGAGCUGUGCCUUGGAGCAAUAUGGGGUGUACUGGCCCCUCUUCGUCCUUUUCUUCUACAUACUCUCUCCUAUCCCCACCUUUAUAUCCAGAAGGCUCAGUGAUGACAGUGAUGUGGCCAGCAACGCAUGCAGAGAGCUGGCAUACUUCCUCACUACGGGYAUUGUGGUAUCUGCGUUCGCGCUUCCCAUCAUAAUGGCCCGGGGUGCAGUAAUCCAGUUGGGGGCCUGUGGCCUGGUGYUGGCCGGCAACGUUGUCAUCUUCCUCACCAUCCUUGGCUUCUUCCUGGUGUUUGGAGGGGAAGACGACUUCAGCUGGGAGUAGUGAUAGACCGUCUGUGAAUCUCUGGCCAAACAGAGCCACAAUCCCAAGUGGACCCCUAGACCCUAUGCACUUGUGGAGAUCUGAGAGGAUUUGACAGGUGUAAGUAAUAUGGUAAUAGCUCCAUCUUGCCCUCUGAUAGGCUUGCUAGGUGGAAGUUUCACCAUACCAGUCAAAUCUUCUCUGAUCUCCACAAGUGCAUGUGGUGUAGGAUCUAGGGGUCGAUUUGAGAUUAGGCAAUGUGAAGAGGUAUGCUUAGGUAUAAGCAUGUGGUGAAAUAUCACCAAGGGAAGAGUGUUUGUUUCUGGACAGGACCCACCUCUCUACAAUCAUGUAUGUAUGUAUGUAUGUAUGUAUGUAUGUAUGUAUGUAUGUAUGUAUGUAUGUAUGUAU